AUGGUGACUCCAUAUUUAGAUGACGAUGGAAUCCUCCGUGUUGGCGGUCGCAUAGAUCAAACUGCAGGGGUAGAACUGUCAACUACACGUCCACCGAUCUUGGAUGGAAAACACAGAACCACUCGGUUGUUAGUUGAAUACUACCACCGACGUGCCAUGCACGUGGCGAAUGAACAUGUUGUCAAUGAAUUACGCCAGUCGUAUUGGAUCGUGAAUCUGCGUCCGACUGUACGCAGCGUCGCCGCGCAGUGUUUGUUUUGCCGCUACCGACGCGCUCGGCCGCAGCCUCAGAGGAUGGGUGAUUUACCUGCCGCGCGCUUACAGUACAGUCGAAGGCCAUUUUCAUACACAGGAGUUGAUUUUUUCGGCCCUAUGGAGACGACCAUUGGUCGAGGAAGACAGAAAAGAUAUGGCAUGCUCUUUACAUGUCUCACCGUGCGAGCCAUUCACAUCGAGAUCACAGAAUCACUGAGUACGGACUCUGCAAUUAUGGCGCUCAUACGUAUGUCUGCUCGCCGUGGCACUCCGCUGGUUCUAUUUUCAGAUAAUGGUACAAAUCUGCGAGGAGCCGACAACGAGCUGAAGAUGAGUCUUCAGCAACUGAACGUAGACAAACUGCGCGAAGAUGGAGCCGUCCGUGGGAUUGAAUGGCGAUUUAUCCCUCCCGGAGCCCCCGAAAUGGGCGGCGCAUGGGAGCGCAUGGUCCGCACAGUUAAGACGGCGCUCAAGGUCGUCAUGAAGGAGCGCGCACCACAUCCUGAAACCCUAUCCACGUUGAUGGCAGAAGUGGAGGCUCUCGUAAACAGCCGUCCUAUCACACACGUGUCGACGGAUCCCGGUUACCCCGAAGCGUUAACGCCUAACCAUUUUUUAAUUGGUAGUUCAUCUACUGGAGCUCCUAUAGGUAAGUACGACGAUUCUGACCUUUGCCUUCGCAAAAGGUGGCGCGUAGCUCAACGACUUACAGAUAUGUUUUGGGCUAGGUGGAUUAAAGAAUACUCACCUACACUUCUCCCUCGUCAAAAAUGGACUAGGGAAUCUAGAUCGUUAAAAGUAGGAGAUUAUGUAGUACUGGUCGAUCCCAAUUUAGAGCGCGGCUCCUGGCGACAUGGUGUAGUGAGCGCGGCGCACGCUGGCCGUGACGGCCGUAUUCGAGUGGUAGAUGUGCGCACACGCUCAGGUCAGCUGCGCAGACCUGCCACACGCGUCGCAUUACUGUCCCCAGUUGAUGGCUAG